UUAUGAUGUGGAACCUGCUGUGGGAAAAAUAUCCCUAGCAUUUAUUGUUCCCUUGGUCCAGUGAGAAAAGGUCAGGAUGACAGGGAAAAUAAAUGGGCUGACUUUUACUUGAUUUUAAAAUUAAAACUCCAGAUUUUACAACAGAGUAAACCACUGAGGAGCCCACUCUGCACUGCUGUAGUUGCAUAAAGGGAAAGUGUGUUAAUCUGGACAUCUUCAAGAAGAUGCUGUAAAAAUGGAGCCACUAUAUCUUCUCAACAUAUCGAUGUUCAUAUCACAACAGAGAAAUGGUUUCCUGUGAGUCACUGUUCUCUUUUGCUCAAAGUCUUUCACGGAGGAAACCUGUGUCAGCAGACACCCCUGAAGGAUCAAACCUGUGCCGUUGUCUAUCCACUGUGGAUUUGAUAGCACUGGGUGUUGGCAGCACACUGGGUGCUGGAGUUUAUGUCCUGGCAGGGGAAGUAGCAAAGGCAGACGCUGGUCCUAGCAUUAUCAUCGCAUUCCUGAUUGCUGCCCUGGCAUCGGUCUUAGCAGGAUUAUGUUAUGCAGAGUUUGGUGCCCGAGUACCACAGACUGGAUCGGCAUACUUAUACAGCUAUGUAACAGUGGGUGAAUUAUGGGCAUUCAUCACUGGAUGGAACCUUAUUCUUUCGUAUGUCAUAGGUACUUCUAGUGUGGCUAGAGCAUGGAGUGCAACAUUUGAUGAAAUUCUUGGAAAAAAGAUAGGACAUUUUCUAAGUAGCCAUGUGGCAAUGAACAUUCCUGGAUUUGCAGAUUACCCAGACUUCUUUGCUGUGUGCCUUAUAUUACUCCUUGCAGGUCUUCUUUCUAUUGGAGUUAAAGAAUCAACAACUGUGAACAAGAUAUUUACAGCUGUUAACAUCCUUGUAUUGCUGUUUGUGAUAACUGCUGGCUUUAUUAAAGGAGACAUUCAGAACUGGAGUAUCACUGAAGAGACACUGUUGAAUUAUACUGCACAAACCAGAAACCUGUCCUCGAUAGGGAACUUGACAAGUGCAUUUGGUGUUGGUGGUUUCUUGCCCUAUGGAUUUGAAGGAACGCUGGCUGGAGCAGCAACUUGCUUCUAUGCAUUUGUAGGAUUUGACUGCAUUGCUACCACAGGUGAAGAGGUGAAGAACCCUCAGAAAUCUAUACCUUUAGGUAUUGUUGUAUCUCUUCUGAUAUGUUUUGUGGCAUACUUUGGAGUCUCUGCUGCUUUAACUUUGAUGAUGCCUUAUUAUCUUUUGGAUGCUAAAAGUCCACUGCCCGUAGCUUUCAAAUAUGUGGGAUGGAGUGCUGCAAAAUAUGCUGUUGCCAUUGGAUCUCUUUGUGCUUUAUCUACUAGCUUACUGGGCUCAAUGUUUCCAAUGCCGAGAAUUCUUUUUGCCAUGGCUAGAGAUGGACUCCUUUUUAAAGGGCUGGCUAAUGUGAGCAAGCGCCAGACUCCAGUGGUAGCCACACUGGUAUCAGGGGCCAUAGCAGCACUCAUGGCAUUUCUGUUCGACCUGAAGGCGCUGGUAGAUAUGAUGUCCAUUGGGACCCUUUUAGCCUACACUUUGGUAGCCAUUUGUAUUCUUAUCCUCAGCCAUUUUGGGAUGAAAGUCACCACAAGUAUGAAGAAUGAAACCAGAGAGAUGUGCUGCUGUUCGAUCACAUCUGACUUCAGAUAUCAAGUUGCCACUGGUUUCAAAGAACAUGAUGAUCACCAGAAACAAUCAGUUCCUUAUGGAACCCUUAUCAUGAGGAUGAUGUUAACUCCACCAGCAGAGCCAACUAGCCAGACAUCCAUGGUGGUAUCAUAUUCUGUUGGACUUAUUGCCCUCUUGAUCAGCAUUCUGAGUGUGGUUACAACACACGGACUAAAUGCAGUCAUAGCCGGUGAAAUAUGGAGUAUUGUCUGCCUAACCCUCUUGCUCCUGUGGACAGCAGCUGCAGUACUGAUGAUCUGGAGGCAGCCAAAGAACAGGAGCAAAGCAUCCUUCAUGGUUCCAUGUGUUCCUUUCUUGCCAGUGCUGAGUGUAUUUGUUAACAUCUACCUCAUGAUGCAACUAAGUACAGAUACUUGGAUUCGCUAUGCUGUCUGGAUGGCAGCUGGAUUCCUGAUCUACUUCAGCUAUGGUAUCCGUCACAGUGUGGAAGGACAGAGGCUACAAAGAAAUCAGUGGCCAGACUCUUUAGGAUUCAUUAAGAUGGAAGAAGUUGUCAAGAAACAACAAACUUGAAAACAAACGACCAGACAAACACACAGAUACCAGUAUAAGAACCUGAGUACAUGUGGCAAGAGAUGUAUACAGUCAUGCAGAAAUAAUUCCGUAGGAUUUAUGUUACAUAAAAACUACAGAAAUUUAAUUUAGUUUUAAUCAUCCCUUCUUCUAAGGGCCACACUUUGAAGCUUCUGUUAAUGGACAAGACUUAAGAAUAAUUAUUCUUAGAAUUUUUUUGGCGAAUGCCUCGACUUCUGCACUGAUAUAUUUUAAAACUGGACCAACUUUGUACUUUUGAAAUUUUUGCAGUAUUCUGUGAGUUGUGCAUGCAGAUUAGAUUUUGAAAUAGAGAGAUGUCAAAGGUACUAUAUGUAAAUCAAUGCCUCAGCAAGGACCUUAAACUGACUUUCCAGUUAGGUUUUUGUAGUUUGUUCAGAACUGCAUGUAUGCGUGUGUGAGAGUGCAUGUGUGUGUGUGUGUGUGUGUGUGUGUGUGUGUGUGUGUGUGUGUGUGUGUGUGUGUGUGUGUGUAAUUUGACCAGAAAUGCCAAUGAGGAGACAACCAUGAAUUGUGCUCUAGGCCCAUAUUUGAGGAGGGCCUGUAUUUCAGUGUUUAACAAAGUUAAGCAUUAAAAAUGCUUCAGAAAACAUUUUUUCAUGAAAAUGGUUCCCAUAUUUUUUUUCUUAUUUAAAGUUUGUUGACCAGGUUAAUCCCACAAGGCCAAUGGCAUCUUUUCAAAGGAAACAUGAGCUGUUUUGCAUAAUGACAAGGGAUAAUUUGGCCAGGGCACCAGGAAACGUCCCCUACUUUUUUAUGAUAAAUGCGUUUGGAUUAUUUACAUUCACGUGAGCUACCACCAACACAUUGUUUUAUCAUUUCCUCUGAAGGAAGGUUAAUUUUUUUAUUCCUUUUUUAGUAACUCAUUGCUCUUUGGGCUCACAUAACAGGUCACAGAAUGGAGAAAGCAAUAUGGUGUCUUGUGAUCAGAUCACAUUCCUAUCUUUUAUGGCAGUGAACUGCAUAAAACUAGCUGGAAGACUUUUAUCUGGAACAAACUGAAUUACUGCUUAAGCAAACAUUGUAGUAGAAUAAGAGAAAAUGCCUGGACAAAAUAUAAAAUGUACUUUACUAAAUAAUUACAAUUAAAUAUAAUAGUUUAUGUAAUUAAAACAGCAUGGUACUAAAAUUCAUGUGAUUGUCAACUAUGAUGAUGCAAACUGCAAACCACAUACUGAACGCUAGUUGCAUGAAAUUCACCCCGGGAAAUGAUAUGUACAUAGGGUGAAUUAAUGAGAGUAGUACAUGUGGCAUGGGGACACAUGAUCUGCUUCCCCUCUAACUUAUUCUAAAAUAAUUGCCAUAUAUACUUGCAUGUUUGUUACAUAAUGUAAUUACAAAAAUUAAAGAGCAUUUUCAACUCUUGGUACAAUUUUGUGCCUAGCAAUAUUUCCUUUCAAAAUUAUUGCAUGGAACAGACAGCUUAUUUUUAAUAAUUAGUUCAACUGCAUCUAAGAGAAGAUCAAAGACAGCUUAUUUAAAUCACUGAGCAUUUUUAAGUUAAUACAAAUAAAGUAAAUUACCAUAGCAGAUUCUAAUACACUGAACAUUUCUUGCCACAUGCUACUUCCCAUGACAGUUCCAAAAGGCCAGCAAAAGAAGUAUUGUACAUGAGAUAUCUAGACACUUUGUGAUGCUAGUUAAUGACACUAGGGAGAGUCUGUUAGGUCACUGCUCAGUUCUACUUCCUGGUUCACUAUAUGCGUCAGUGGAGAACAAAAUGUAAUAAAACAUGCCAUACAGCUACUAAGGCUUUUUGUCAUUGCAGCACCACAUUUACACCUAUUUUAAAAAAAAACAAGGCUGCCAAACUACUAAUCUCAAAAAUAAUACAGGCAUAACAAUUCAUGAGUUAUAUUUUAAUGCCUAACUCAGCAAUAUUAUGUGUACAUUUGUUUUUCUUUUUCAUUUACAGUCAUCUCAUUUUGGCACAGCAACAGCUGUUGUUAAGAAAAUAUUGUUUAAUGUUGUACAUUGCUGAGCUUUUUAAGAAAUAAAAUUAUUAAAAACAGAAUAAUUUGAAACAUUAAAA